GACACAGCCAUCACGAAACACGACAAGGUCUUGGAAAUUAUUGGUGGACACACGUCCCAGGAAUCGAUUCCACGGACAAUGCCUUGAAUAUUGUAUUCUUCAUUUGAAUAUGACAAUUGAAUAUCUCCCAUUCUCAGAGUGGGGCGACAAGAACAAGUUGUAAAGAUGUCCUGUUUCCCGUGUCUGUCAGUCAACUUUAUUUUGGGAUUUACUCGACUGAUACCUUCAGACGCCAUCCCAGUGAACGUUUCCGUGUCUCGUGUUGAAUGUGCUUCAAUGUGCUUGGAGGACAUUAGAUGUAACUCUUUCUUCUAUGACAAACGCGACAGGUACUGCUACCUCACCAACACACUAAAGCACCCGGUGUACCAUAGAGGGGAACUGGAAGAAGCACUCAACAUUCGCUACUAUAUUAUUGACAAAGCCCGUGGGUGCAAAGCAGACAAUGGAUAUGACUUCUCAAGACUAUCUGGCCAGUGCUAUAAGUACUACACUGAGACAAAAGAAUGGACGGACGCCCAACAGGAAUGUGCCUCAGCAGGUGCUAAUCUGAUUCCUAUCCAUGAUGACAAAACACGUGACCUGAUGAGAACUUUGAUAUCGAAUGAAGUCAUAUGGAUUGGACUGAAUGACAUUGCCUCGGAACAUUCCUGGGUCUGGGCUGAUGGCUCGGCCUUGACAUCCAACUAUUGGAACCCAGGAGAACCACUAACUUCUAGAGGUAGCAACUGUGUAAGUUACUAUCCGCACAUUAUAAGUGGAGGUUGGGAUGACGUCAGCUGCAACAACAAGUAUCGGUUUGUUUGUGAAUACAGACUGCUGUGAAGAGUUGGUGGACUGUCCGACACAUAUCACCUGUACAUCCUCAGUACAUAUACACAAAGAACUUAAUUAAGCAACCCCUGUAUUUUUGGAAUAAUAGGUUUUCAACACGUACAUAAAACUUCUUGUGGUGACCUCGAUGGAAAAACUUGAGUUUUUUCUGACCCGUAUGUUCCGUUGACUCAUAAAAACGACAACAUGAUUGGAAUCUAUGUUGAUUUUAUGAUAAUUACUCAUUUCAAAAACAAAACACUGAUUUUCAUACAAAACCAUGUCUGUACAAGUAUGGCCCUGGAAUGUUUAAUGUUGAAAUAAUUGGUGAAUGUGAACAUUAACAACGUCCCUUGUGUAUAUGUGCAUUGGAUAUAUUGCAGUGUAAUUAAUUGUUCAAAAAAGUUCAGCUUGUAAUCUUAUGAUAUUGUUUCAUAUUUAAAAGAUUCAGUGGAGGGUCUUAACGUUGUGCUUUAACAAUAAUUAGUUGGCAGGAAUGUAUUCUUAUCUGAUGUGGAAUAUUUUAUAUUAUGCUUUCGUAGUUCCUUAGAUCUUCUGCGGUGUCUACUUAACAGGCUUCUCUGCUCUAUUGUAAAACUCUACUUUAUAUCUGUAUAUACGCCCCCUUGCCAUCCACGAAUCGGUAGGUGUUGGGAUGUCGAUGAGGGAGACCACGGUUGAGCUGGGUGUGGAAUCCUUCCAGGUUGUUUGUCCUGGGACCUGUUGUCGUGUGAUGGUUCCACAGGGCAGGGGGAAUCAGCU